AUGUUGGAAACUCUGUUUUUCCUGGCGGGUUGCUUUGCUUUUUACACCGUUGGUGUGAGCAUUUACUACAUCACACUUCAUCCGCUGGCGAGCAUCCCCGGUCCGAAAAUAUGCGGCAUCACAAGAAUCCCUUAUUGGCUAGUAGCACUCAAGGGUGAGGAUGUGAAAUGGAUGAAGGAUCUUCAUGAUACGUAUGGACCUGUUGUUCGAUUUGGUCCUACUGAUGUGAGCUAUGCUACUGCUGAGGCUUGGAAUGACAUCAACGGGCGCAAGGAUUCGGAGAAGGCGCAGGAGUUUUCUGUUCAGCCUGUCAAUGGCGUACCAAGCAUGCUUACCCAGGACGUCACAAACCAUGCCCGUAUGCGUCGACUCUUCUCACCAGCAUUUUCAGAGCGCGCCUUAAAACAACAAGAGCCGCUCUUCAGAAAGUAUACAGAUCUUCUCAUGUACAAGAUUUCCGAAGUUGGUGAAGAUGGAGCCAAGCCAGUCGAGAUGAGUCGACUGCUCAACUUCACGACCUUUGAUGUCAUGGCCGAGCUAUCUUUUGGCGAGAACCUCAACCUUCUCGCAAAGAACGAGUACAGUCCGUGGGUCAAGUCAAUCUUUGACUCACUCACAAUGCUCCCAAUUGCUUCUAUGAUCAACUACUAUCCCAUUCUCAACGCCUUGUUCACUCGGUUUGAGCCCAAGUCGGUUACUCAACAACGUGUUACGCACUGCCAACAUUCAGCUGAGCGUGUUGAUCGACGCUUGGAGAGAGGUUCUGACCAGCCUGAUGUUUGGAAUCUGGUUUUGGCGGCGAAGGAGGGUAAGGGACUUACUGUGAAGGAGAUGCACUCUAAUGCUGAGCUGUUCAUGCUUGCCGGGUCCGAGACCACAGCCACACUCUUGAGCGGCUGUAUGUACUAUCUCCUGACAAACCCAGACAAGAUGGAUAUUCUCCUCAAAGAACUUCGAGACAACUUCACCAAUCCCGAAGAAAUCACUUUCGAACGUGUCACCGAACUCAAGUACUUGAACGCCUGCCUCAAAGAAGCCCUCCGCAUCUAUCCCCCGGUCCCCAUCGGUAGUCCCCGCGUCGUCUCCCCAGCCGGCCAACAGAUCCUGGGCAAAUACAUCCCACCCGAAACCCGCGUCUCGGUACACCACUGGUCCACCUACCGCUCCGAGUCCAACUUCAAAGACGCUGACAAAUUCGUUCCCGAAAGAUGGUUGAAGAAGGACGCGAAGUAUGCAGGCGAUGCUCUUGAUUCACACCAGCCGUUUGGAUUUGGACCGAGGAACUGUUUGGGACAGAAUAUGGCGAUGCAUGAGAUGAGACUUAUUCUGGCCGUGUUGCUGUUUAAGUUUGAUCUUGAGCUGGAGGAGGAGUGUCGAAAUUGGGCGGAUCAGAAGUCUUUUGCGCUUUGGAUCAAGAACCCUUUGAUGAUAAGGGCGAAGCCAGUGUCUACCCAUACUAGACUCAAGAUUUAG